AUGACUCCGCAGCCUUUGUCUAGCUCACAGUUGCAGACGGUGCUGCUCGAGGCCAAGAGCAAGAACAGGCUGCUGCUGACACGGUCCGAGCAGGAAAUAUGUCCCUCAGAGCCAGUCGGUCCAGGACAUCAGAGAUUCAUCAAGCUGGAGGAUCACAACCAAGGUUUCUUAUCUGAAUCACUGCAACGACGACGCCCGCCUGCAAAUCUCAUACAGCUACUGCUAGAACCAGCAAGCAGAAAGCGGCCACGAGAUACUGGCUUUCCAGAGCCACCACAGUCUUCAGACCCACAAAGCUUUUGCGAGGAUCAAGUCUUGCCCCAUCCAAAUAGCAAGAAGCGUUGUACCGAGACCCAAGACAGCCAACCAGAUGAACCCUCGUCGAGUGACACCAAACUUGAGACUCAACCACAUCCUGCCGGUUACACAGAUGCCGUCAACAUCCCCAGCAACAUAGUGAAAAAAGAUGAGCCUAGCGCAUCGCCCCAGGACAGACCAACAGCAUGUCCAUCGCCAGGCAUCAGCUACGUGGAGCUAGAUCAAAAGAGUUCCAAGACAGACGGCUUAAAUAAUAUCACUUGCAGUGAAGAGCAAGCCCUGGCUGUUGACGAUGACUGGUUGCCUACCUACGGCCCAUCGAUCAAGGUUGAAGUCACGGGUGUUGACGCUCAAAUCCCAAAUGAUGAAGGUGGUCUCACGCAAGAACUCGAGGAGCGACAAGGCCAAGACCUCAAUGCCAAGGAAACAGACCCACGGCAGAUUUCGACAGAUGAAGAGAUGAAGCCCGUCUAUGAUGAACUGCCAGAAGAGACCGAGAAAUAUGAGGGAGUACACAGCAUCCCCACGCCUCAGGAUUCUCCGGACUGGCCUGUUUUCGAACCAGACGAGCCUUUCCAGCACCAUGGAGCGAUCGUGCCAUCCAGCCCAGCAGUUGCAGCAGAGAUUAGCAAUCUACAUCUCCUCCUCGAAGUCCCAGACUCUCCAAUGCGACUUUUUGAGGCUAGCAGCCCAGCACGCCCUCUUUGGGAGGAUGAUUUGUCCUCAGUUGAGCCAGCGGUCGAGGAUCAUUCCCAGGCUAUCGAGGCCCUCUUUGGCAGUGAUACGAUGAACCCAGCUCAUCUGAAUCAGCGACCCGUUGACAAGUCACUGAUUAGCAAGCCACCGGGGCGUGAUCAUCCACUGUACAAGGGCACCCGAGAUCCGGAUGGUUUGUAUCACUGUCCUUGGGAGAAGGAAGUAGGUUGCAAUCACAAGCCGGCCAAGCUCAAGUGCACAUUCGACAAGUUUAUCGACUCCCACCUCAAACCGUACAAGUGCAGAGCUCCAGGCUGCCAAAGCACUUCCUUUUCUUCCACGGCUUGCCUCUUUCGUCACGAGCGAGAGGCUCACGCUCUACACGGCUACGGCGAUAAGCCAUAUCUUUGUCCACAGGAAGGCUGCGAGCGAGCAAUACCAGGCAACGGCUUUCCUCGACGGUGGAAUCUUGUUGAUCAUAUGCGAAGAAGGCAUAAGCUAGACGCACCCAUUUCAGGAAUCAUCGACGCGCGAACAUCGAUCAAGAUGGUAGACAAGAAGGAGACAAAGGAGAAUACUCCCCUUCCCGUUGAGACAGAGGAGGAUUUGAAGAAUAGAUGGGACAGCCACCGGCGGGCUUUUGAGACCUUCAUGGAACUGCUUGAAGAUCCUGCGAACCCCAAUAACGCGUCUUGGACCGAGCAAGCCCAGAGUCACCUAUCUUCUCUACUUGCUAUCCAAGUGAAGCUAAAUGAAAAGAGCGAGAGUGAUGAUAAAAAGGCAAAGGAGAAGGGUGAGGAGAAGUCCAAGGAAAGCUGCAAGGGUGAUGAUACCGAUGGAAAGGGUGGAGAAGGCAGUGAGAAGUAG